UCAGGCUGGAACUUUCAAUCCAACACCAAAAUUACAACGCCUGUUCCUUGUUGCUAAUACGUUAACAGCCCUCAGAUCUGACAUGUUCACAGGACUGGGAAACUUGGAGGAACUUGGACUAUCCCAUAAUGAUAUCAGUGACAUUCAGGCUGGAACUUUUAAUUCAACAUCACAACUGAGAACGCUGCACCUGUCUAACAACAAGUUAACAGUGCUCAGAACGGACAUGUUCACAGGGCUGGGAAACUUGGUUAGGCUUUAUCUACACAGUAAUAACAUCAAUGACAUUCAGGAUCAUACUUUUAAUCCAACUCCACAACUCAAAUUCUUAAACCUGAACAACAACCACAUUCAAGUGUUUCCAUUUGAAGACUUGCUAAACAUUCAAACAAUUGUUACUUUACACCUUGACAAAAACCAAAUGACAACUCUUCCCUCGGUAGCCUAUGACAUACUUUCCUCCAUAUCAAAUGUAAAAAUUGACAACAACCCCUGGCAGUGUGACUGUAGGAUGGUUGACUUCAGGCUGAAGAUGACAGGAACUUAUCCAUUUGAAAACCAGACAAUCUGUUCCCAACCUGACCACCUCCGUGGUCAGAAGCUCAUAGAUGUCAGUCCUGAACAUCUGAUGUCAUAUUGUGUACCAACAAUUGUGAGGUUUGAGAGAGGAGACAACAUGACAUUGCUCAACAGUGCCAAACAGCCAUAA